AUGAGCAGCAGCGGCGAGCUCCCACGCGCGCUCACGGCGGUCGGCACCCUCGGCGACGUGGGCGCGGCGUACGCCGUGUACGAGAAGAACUGGGUGUGCGCGGACUGCAGCCACGAGAACUACGCGCGGCGCAAGCGCUGCUUCCGCUGCCGCGCGCCCAAAGUGGAGCGCCCCGACGCGCUGGUGGUGGACAGCGCCGGCGACCAGCACGCGUGGCGCGAGGCGCUGGACCCGGUGUCCAACAAGAUCUACUACUACAACACGCAGACCAACGCGACGCAGUGGGAGCGGCCCGCCGAGAUGGGCGCGGCGCCGCACGCCACGGGCUGGUUCGGGCGCGGCAAGGCCGGCGCGGAGGAGGGCGACCGCUACGAGCGGCUCAACGCCGUGUUCCUGAGCCGCCCGGCGCGCAAGCAGCUGGACGCCAUGCCCACGGCCAACUCGCAGCUGGAGGGCGCGUACGAGUACAACAUUUGGUACGACAAGUACGUCGGGGACCACUGGAGCGACGCGCGCGGCAAGGAGCCGGCCACCACGCGCUGCCACCUCGAGCAGGACGCCGGCAAGACCAAGGCCGACGUGGUGAGCAAGGCCAACCGCUACUUCUGCGUGCACUUCGCGCGCGGCAUGUGCGCGCGCGGCGCCGAGUGCAGCUACUACCACCGCCUGCCGUCCGCGGCGGACGAGACGCGCAUCGGCAUGAUGCACGACUGCUUCGGCCGCGAGCGCCACGCCACGGACAGAGACGACAUGGCUGGUGUCGGCAACUUCACGCGCAACUCGAGGACGCUCUACGUGGGGGGACUGAAGAGCGCCAGCGGGCGGGAGGCCGUCAAGGAGCAGGAGGACGCGCUCUAUAAGCAGUUCGGCGAGUGGGGCGAGGUGGAGAACAUCAACGUGAUCCACCGCAAGUCCAUCUGCUUUGUGCGGUACCGUCACCGCACUAGCGCCGAGUUCGCCAAGGAAGCCAUGACCAAUCAGGCGCUGCAGAGUGACGAGGUGCUCAAUGUACGCUGGGCGUUCGACGACCCGAACCCCGUCGCCAAGCAGGCCGGCGAGCGCGCAGACAGAGACGCUAUUGUUGCAAUGAUGCAGGCAAAGGGCGCAACGACCGGGGAAGACGCAGCGUUCGACUACCCCGAGCAGUACCAGAUGCCGGCGACCAAGCGCCAGCGGAUCGAAGGCGACACGGUGGCGUCAUACCCCGACACGGACACGCAUUUCGUCGCCGGUAAGGACUCUGCUACUGCAUCGGAAGACGCUCUGUAUGCACAGCUGAGCUACGCCGACCCUAAUGGAGAAGUCUCGACGGACCAGCCAGAGGGAGACGCAGACAACCAGGAGUAG